AUGUUUUCGUUUCUCUCUCAGCUACGGCUGCCUUCCAUAGGCAUCGGAGCUCAAACCCAACUACAGGAAGAGGAUGAUGAUGUCUCUUCUUCUGGGAGAAGCCUCACCCUUCCUUUUCCAGUUACCGAAUCAUCCACAAAGAAAACCGCGGCUUCAACGGCAGCCAAACGAGAAUGGAUGGCCAGCCAUCCAAUCGCCCCUUCCACUGCCGGUGCUAAUGGGUUCAACAUCAGCAAACCCAUCCCACGGACUGCGAAUGCGUUGACGGCGUUCGACACAGAAUUUCCGGCACCUCCGACAGGCCUUGGAGAGCAGGUGCAUGUGUUUGGCCAAGUGCGACCUAUUCGAGCGACUCCGCCGUUCUCUGGCGCUGUGCAAGGCCCAGCGUGGUAUGAGCAGGACAAAUCUAGUCCGCAGGCGUCGGUAUCGCCCCCUCAUAUUGUCCGCAUCAACAGCACCAUCGAAAGUCAGUCUAUCAAUGCAAACAAGCAGGCAGAAGGGGGGAGUGUCAAUCCUCCUCCUUCAAGGCCUGUAUACAAGUAUACUUCUUACCCAAACCCAUCGGCGUAUGCGCAACCGUACCCCACCUCUGGAGGAAGCAGCGGUAUUGCCUCUGCAAAGUCGGGCCAGAUGCAUUCCACGGUCGACCGGGACGAGCACGACAAUGAAAGCGAACACGAGUUUUACACUUCGCCCUUCGACGACACAGACCCUUUGGGUGCCUUACCACCAAGCACCACUGGAAAGUCAAGUAUGACCAAAUCACGGUGGAACUUGAAGCUCCAACUCCAUAGCAGCGGUGCGCAAAGCACACCUUCGCUCUUAGUAGGCUCUGGAACAUCUCAAGCGAAUCGGCUGCAUGCACUACCCCACUUUGCGUCUCAGAACCCAUUGAAGAAGGGAAUUCCUUACGGUCACAAGGUUACACUGAAUGAAGAUGGUCAAAUUUUGCCUGUCGACGUUGACACGGAUGUAUACAACAAUGCAUAUAACUAUCCACUUGCGAAGCAGCUUUCUCCAAUCGCAGAACAGGACUAUACCUCGCCCACUACGGCUACUGGCGAUACGGAGUCGAGGUCGAUUUCUUUGAGGUUUGGCAAAGGUGGUGACGGCAAUUUGUCCAAGGCUAGCCUUGGUACGGAGAGCCCGAUUAGCGUCGCGUUGGCGGGCGCUACGAAGAAGGAGCAGGGUGGUGUGAGUGAUGUUAUGGAAAGAGAGCCAACGAGGAAUAGGUCAGGGUCGGUGGGAUCAAUGGGUAACGGGCAUAAUCUAAGCAGAGCCGGUUCGAUAUCGAGGAGUAUUGUUGUACUUCCUGGUUCUACCAAUGGUAGUCCAAUUGGAAGUCUGAUGCCAGAGGUUUUUAUUCCAGGUCCAUCACCUAUACAUGCGUCGCCGUUUAUCACACGUCACCUGAAUCGGACAGUCUCGCAGACAUCGUCCAAGUCUGACUCGCAUAUGCAAGGUCAGGUAACCCCGACUGCCGUCAAUUUCCAAGGCCAGACUCCAGCGCCACCACGGGCUGUCGCCCAGCUUUCCACUGGUUCGAUCCAAAGGUCGGCCACUGCUAUCAACACCCCCAAUGGCAUUGCCUAUGGACGAGAAACCAUACAAACCCCCAUUUCGGCUGGUACGACAUCUUCGACACCCACAGGGCCUUAUUACACCCCAACGUCAACGUUGCAGACGCCUACUGUUGCGCAAGCUCCCACGCCUACCUCACCGUUCACUGCUGGCGGUAUCGGUGUUGGUGCUGGUGUUAGUAGCGGCCCAGCGGUCACGUUGGCACCGCCGCCUGCAGCUGUAACGACGAACACUUUAUAUCCGACAUAUCCUGUUGGAAGCGUUGAAAGUGCAGCUUACCCGACAACGACGCCGACGCCGAGGUUGCCCAAGAUCCCAUCGAUACCAAAUAUCCCGCCGUUGGAUUUGAGAUUUUCGUUGCUUGGUUCGGUUGGGCCUAGGGCUAGUCGAGAGAUGAGGAUGGAGAGGGUGGCGGCCUCUGCCGCUGCUGCCAGUGCGGCGCACAGGAGAAGUCUGGGAGGAGAUGUGGAAAAGAUGCCAGUUAUCCCAGGAAGUGUGGAGGGUCAUUACGAAGAAGAGAGCGAAGAUGAUUAUCUAGAGGAAGAAGACGAUGAAGAGGAGGAGGAAGGAGGUGAAGCGGAAGAAGAUGAUUCAGAAGAAUACGAUCGAGAAUCGCUGCAUGCCGAAAGCUUUGUGACUGCAGGCACAAAUGAAGAUGCGAAUGUGGGAGGGGAAAGCAAUGUUCAUGAUCCAGAGCUUGGCGUCGAGCUCUCGGACCUUGGAAAGCAAAGUCGAAGUGGUUCGCAGUCUACAUCAGGAUCUCUUCAUUCGCGCGCACCCAGUGCGUCUGCUCCGCUGUCCAGUUCUUCAAGAUGCCUUCCGGCGACGACGUUGGAGCCAGUAGCAGGAACUUCUUCGGCACCAAAAUCAGCUACUGGCGAAUCGUUCAUACACCGUCGAUGGGACCGAGACGCCGCCCUAGGCUUCGGAAGCAUCUCCUCCUCGCCCACUACAUUCCGUGCGAAAGGACAGGACUCGCGCUGGCCAACGCGCCUGUUUUCCACGACGUUCUUCUCAUCAUCCUCGUCACCUACCGCUACAUUCACGCCGGCGUUCUGGGCAUUCUGGCUGGGUUUCAUUUGUCCUGUGCUCUGGUUGGUGGGCGGGUGGCACUUUACGAAUGCGGGGGAGCUGCCGCCGAAGUAUACAAUGUGGGAAUGGUAUUUCUGGAGCUCCAGGUGGAGCAUUGAGGGGUUCAAGGCAGGGCUGACGAGAAUGUUUGCGUGGAGGUGGUUACCGUGGGUGAGGCGCGCGGCGGCAAAUGCGGAGAAGGAGAGGAAGAGGGGCAGUCAUCAGAGUGGGCAGAGUGAUAUUGGAGAUGGUACCAUGGCACAGAGAAGGAAAGGGAAGAGAAGGAGCAGUAGUUCACAGCAAUCAAAGAAGGCGAGGGCGGGCAAGGUGUUCCCAUCGCUGCCCCAGUGGGUCGCAGAGAAGCAGAGCACGGAUGAUGGGCGGAUGAGGCUGAAUGACCCGAAGCGCUCUUUGCGGGGUAUUUCUUUUGGUUACCCGUUCAUCUCGCGUCCGCCGAUGGGAUCCCAGGACUCGUGUGGUACCCCUGGUGACAUAACAGUGCCGGCUCCGCCAGCGGUCGCUGCUGGUGCGUCGACGUCGACGUCUUCGAGUGUGUCGAAGCUCAAAAAACAUGUUGUGGAUGUUGUGUCGAAGCCGAAUAGGGCGCUCGAUUUGUUGUACGGUGUGCAGUUGAAGGAGGUGAGGGGCCGCCCGGAAAGUGGGAGGAGGAUGUUCGAUCCGUGGAUUCAGAGGUGCAGGUAUGCGUUUUGCUAUGCGAUGCUGCUCCUUGCGGCAGGACUUUGUACGGCAUCAGUGUAUUUGAUUGCGAUUAACACUAAGAAGCUGGAACAGUAG